GCCCCGCCUAUCGCCUGACACUCCUCCUUUACGCCCUCCAUUCAUUCAUUCAUAUAUACAUCAGGACUUCACGCAAAGUUCUCUGCAAAGGUGUUUGUUUUUGGGGUAACUGCGCACCAAAUCUCUAUAACAGGGAGAAUCAGCAGUGAGUGGUCUGAUUUACUACUUAACUUUAAGUCCAUUUGCUGUCCAGGAAGGCAACAGCACUUACAGACACUGACCCAAAGCGCUAAUUUACUCUCAGAAUUUGACACUGUUCCGUCAUCUUUAGAAACGGUAUACAUCACAUAUGUUUGUAGUUUAACAAAAAAUAGCUUGUAGCACCCCAGCGUCAGUUUUGCUUUACUCAAAACCAAAAGGCUUGUGGUGAUUUUACCCCCUUCUGCUCAGUAUGCGAACUGUUCCUUUUUGUAUCAUACAAUUAUUCUAUGUUCUGAUACUGAUGGACACGUGUUUUGGUGGAUGGCACAAUGCCCCUUGGUCCCCAGCUAGUGAUAACGAGCACCGAUUUUGCGCCAUGUCACUAUCCCAGUCGUCCAAAUUAGCCAACAGAUACCUCAGUUAUCUGUCUCAGCAAUAUGGGGUCAUUCGCCUCGUUCAGAGUAUGUGGGAUGCGCAAAAUCGUUUGCUGAAAUGCUCCAUUACCAGUGAUAAGACCCUCACUGACGCUUACCAAACAUUUUGCCAGGAAGGCUCUCAGAACAGCACUAAUAAAGGGUGGUUCAGCUGGAACCGGCGUCCAGACCUUCUCCAACUCGCCCGGAAUCUGGAAGUGAACGCACAACUUUGUAGUGAUGCAGCUGGAACCUGGUGGGCUCAUAAACAUGUCAGACGGGUCAAAAGAGCUGUCGGAGAGAAAAACAAACCUGUUAACAUGCUGGAGGAAAGUUCUGUUGGCAGUGAUGUAACGGAGGAGUCAGGCCAAAGAAGGACUAAAAGGGGACUGACAUUUCCCGGGACCCUGUGGUGCGGAGCCGGUACUUCAGCAACAAACUUCACUGAGCUGGGUAUGUUCAGGGAGACAGACAAGUGCUGCCGGAAGCAUGACCACUGCAAACACAUGAUUCAUUCUUUUGACUAUGGCUAUGGAGUUUUUAACUACAGACUGCACACGAUCUCCCUCUGCAGUUGUGAUUUCAGGUUUAAACAAUGCCUCUUGAAUCAGAAUGACACAGUUUCUACUAUUGUGGGUGUUACUUACUUUAACGUCUUACAGGUCCCCUGCUUUGUCCUCCAAAACAAGAGAAGAUGUCCAAGGAACAGCAACUGCAGGCAAAAAAAAGCCCAAGUAGCCACAAUACGUUAUCAGGGGAACUAUAACUACACACAUCCUUAUCAAGAUGAAUGGGAUGAGUAUUAUAGGGCCAGGCAUCCUAACCGUCACAGACAUCUGAAUGCCACAAAAUUGUCUCUGCCAGAGCUAACCAGCAAGACUGAAAUACCUAAAAAUGGAAGCAAAGCACAUGAAUCCAAGGAAAUUACCACAGCUAGUCCAUCUGCUGAAAGUAGUAAAGUGGUGACUUUUGUUGACAUGCCCUCGGGUGACCAGGCAGAUGAAGACAGCCAGACAAAAGCUGUGAUUUUUCUUGACAUACCCUCUGGUGACAAGGCAGAUGAAGGCAGCCAGACAGAUAUAAUUCAUACAAUAAAUUGGACAGUACCACUUUCAAAGAUCCAUCGUACAACUGUGUACAAUGAAGUUUUCUCAAAACAAAUGCCAGAAAACAUCUCUGUCUCCCCAUUAAAUACAUCUGAGACUUUCUUAUAUUAUGUACCAGAAAACACCGCACACUCCCCUUUAAAUACAUCUGAAAGUUUGUCUCAUGUACCAGAAAACUACUCACUCUCACCACUAAAUAUGUCUGAGGUUCUUCUACACAGUUUACCAGAAACCAUCUCACGCUCAUCAUUAAAUGUAAAUACAUCUGAGACUUUCUUGCAUCAUAUUCCUGAAAGCAUCUCACUGUCCCCGUUAAAUGCUUCUGAAACUUUUUUAAACCAUCCAGCAAAAGACAUGUCAAUUUCAUUAAAUACAUUGAAGGCCUUUCAUCACAGUCUAACAACUCAAGAGUCAACAAGUUCUAUGUUACUAAUGUCCAAAAGUUCCCAUCAUAGCACUGGCCACAAAUCUAAGAGCACACAUUCCACAUUAUCACCAGUUUCUGAAAGGACAACUUUGAGACCAACCAUGGAGCUGGAAAAUACACUUUCAAUGCCAACACUUUGGUUUGGAAAGGAAAAUCAAAACCAUGUAAAUGAGGCUGACAUUAACCUCCCUCAUCAGAACCCAAGCAGGAACCAUAGCCAUUCCAAGGAUACUGGAGGAAAAGAUGCUGAUUUCACUCGUAUCAAAGAACAACUGAAAAACCAGUAUAUCUCCAAAGGCUGUGGCUGUUACCGUCGUUUUGAUGAAUGCGAGUACAAAAUUGCCCCAAAUGACAUCUUGUUUCACUUGCAGAACUUGGACAAGACUACUUUGUACCACUGUAACUGCACUAGAAGGCUCGCAAGACAACUGCGGAAGUUGAAGGGAGUUAACGAAGUGGAAGAGGUGUUGCCACAAUACGUAUCCCCGCUUUGCUUUAACUUGAGAUACAGCACAACGUGUACAAGCACUGAAGGCUGCACUGAAAAUACCACUGCUAUUCUAGCUGAAGCCAGGCAUCUACAGAGGGCAAUCAAGUAUCGGAAGCGAAGGAAACCUCUGGCAGUCCCACUUAAAGUAAAGAGGCAUGGAGAUGAUGUUUUAGAAGAAAAAGCCCCUAAACCAGUCAGACUUUAUGAUAAAUGCCUACAGUUUACACAAGCUUUGCAGCAAAAAGAUUAAAAUAAUUCCUGUGGUUUUUAAUCAGUAUUAAAGCAGCCUGAGGGUAUAUGGUGCAAACACUGGCUCGGGAGAUUGUUUACAUUGCACAAAGUACACCUUGGGGGCUUGUUGUAGCACUGGGCAGGUAACUGCUCUUGUUCUAUUGUAGGUCAGGAAACAUUCUGAAGAGCAGGAGCAUUGAGGGUGGUGAAUGCACAAAUGUAUUUCUUUCCACUUACUGCAGUUCUGUUUGAUUCUUACAUUUAUACAGUCAUCCUGCAAGUUUCUUAUACAAAUGUCCUCUUUAUCUGAACAGAUAGUGUGAUGCUGGCAUCAAGGAAAGUACCAAAUUGUCUAGCACAUGGGAGAGUGAGUUUUCUUGUCAAAAUUGGUCAUAAAAAGAACCUACACACAGUUGGUAGGUGCCUUAGUUUAAACACACAAUUGAAAUGCUCCUAAACAGCUACAGACAAAACAUUCUUUUUCUUUGUGUUUUGAGCUUUACUAUCCAGAUCAGUAAUGUGGAGAGGUGAGGCACAUAGUCUCCCCUUUCCCUUCAUUGCCAUAAGGGUAGGUUCAAAAAUGCACUCUGGUUGUUUUUGGGACAGGACCUCACAAGCAUGAAGAGGGAAGGAGGCCUGGAACACUAGCCUAUGAAUGCCCUCUGCUGGAGAUUUGGGGAAGUACAGGUCAAUGAGGCUGUAAAUUAGAGUUUUUGUAGAGAACAUCAAAAAGAUUUGGCUGUGAGUGUGACUUCUGCUUCACAAUUAUUUGGAACAAAAAAAAAAAAAAACUGCAACACUGUGGGACAUUGUAAAGUCUGUUUUCCUGACUGCACAUCAGCACCACAUUCUGGGAUUCUUGCUGCCUGUCUUCUGCAUAAGAGGCAGAUAUUUUGUGUACCUUUCUACCUUUAAUAAUAGGGAGAGAAAAUAGCAAGCAGUCAGUACUGGACAUUGAGCUUGAAUGUGCCUACUGUACCUUAAUCUUGUAUUUCCAUGUUUGGCAGACCUUAUUUGAAUCUUGUUUAUUAUCUAAAAUAUUAUAUAAAAAGAUACAGCAGUGCUGAGAACAUGAUCUGUAAAUAGUUUUGUAUUUAUGACCACUAUUUAUUACAAAAUGGAAACUUCAGUUGUGUUGUGUUUCAUUACUCUGCAUGCAAUUUAACUGUAAAUGUGGUGCGUGUGUGCGUGCAUGAAUUGUGAAUAUUCGUAUGUGUAUGUGGGGAUUAUUUAUUUGUCUCAUUGCUUUCUGCAAUAGCUAGUUAAUCUCGCCACUUUUGUAAAUUUCAGGACUUUUUUCACAGAACUGUGCCUUGACAAUACAUUACAGAAACAGACCAUAAUCUAGUGAUAACAUGGAUAUUUUCUAACAUUGUUUAUAUUAUCAUUGUUACGCACAGUGUAGCAGAAAACAAUGCUACACUGAGGUGGAAGCUGAAAAAAAACACUGAUGCAUCCCUUGUUUGUGAUAUCAGCUUAAAGUCGUUUGGGUGGGGGGAUUGCAGCAUUUUCUGUCUAAGCAGUAACAUGGUUUAUCAAAACUGGAGACCAAUGUAUUGUCCAACAGAUCUGUUGAAAGACGUUAAAAAAUAAAUAAAUAAAAAAUAAAGGGAUGUCAUCUGCCUACUAGAUGCCUACUAGAUGUUUGUUUUACAUUUUGCUUGUAUAAUAAACUGAUUGUUCUUUCCACUAAUUA